AUGCAGAAGUAUUGGGGACUUCGUGGCUCGCGUGUGACGAAUGCCGCCCUUGGUCUGAUCGUUGGCCCCGCGUACAUCUGCUAUGGAUACAACCAAGGAGUCGCUGGCAAUGUCUUGACGCUCCCUUCGUUCGUGGAGCAGUUCCCUGCUCUGGACAUCAUCAACACGACGGGAGCACAACAAUCGCAUAAUAGUACUGUUCAAGGCACCGUGAUUGCAUUGUUCGUCCUCGGCUCCGCGUUGGGUGCGCUGGUGUGCAUGAAAGUCGGCGACAUGCUCGGUCGACGAAUGACCAUCUUCUAUGCAACUAUCAUUGCCAUUGUCGGAGCAAUCUUGAUGGCCUCGUCAACCACUCUGGCGCAAUUCAUCGUCGCAAGACUUGUUCUUGGAUUCGGUAGUGGCGGACAUACGGCAACCAUACCUGUCUGGCAAUCCGAAAUCGCUGGAGCAGAGCACCGUGGUGCAUUCGUCAACGCCGAGGGAAUUUUUCUCGGCGUCGGAAUCGUACUCGCACUCCUGCUCGACUUCGCUUUCUUCUUCAUCACCGGAAGCACAGUCAGCUGGCGCUUCCCAUUUGCGUUCCAGCUCAUCUUCCUCAUCGCAGUCCUGGGCUUCGUCAGGACCUUGCCAGAAUCUCCAAGAUGGCUCGUGAAGAAAGGCCGAAUCGAAGAGGCAAGAGAAGUUUUGGCCGUACUGAGUGACUUGCCCAUCGAAGACGAGUCGAUUGAGGCCGACAUUGCGAUCAUGAAGCAGUCUUUGGCGGCGAACGACCGAAAAGCCGGCUCUUUGCGGAACCUGUUUCGCAUGGGCGAGCAACGCAUCUUCAAUCGAGCGCUGAGUGCAGUCUUGGGACAACUGUUCCAGCAGAUGUGCGGCUGUAGUCUCACGGUUGCGUAUGCGACCGUCAUCUACGAAGAACGUCUAGGCUUCGGCGCCGUGAAAGCCAGAGGUCUCGCCAUCGCGAUGCAGAGCCUUCUCAUCGUGGGCGGUACCGGGACAGUCGUUGCUGUCGAUCGCUUCGGUCGGCGGCCGCUCAUGCUCCUCAGUGCCACGGUCAUGACGAUCUGUAUGGCAGUCCUGGCCGGAGCCACCUCUCUGCCGGAGAACACCAGCGCGCUGUAUGCCGCCACGUUCUUCCUCUUCCUCUACACUCCAUUCUUCGCCCUAGGAUUCCUGAGUCUCACCAAUCUCUACGCUACCGAGGUGGCUCCGCUGGAGUUCCGUGCUGCCAUCGCCGGCAUCUCGACUGCCACAUCCUGGAUGGCAAAUUUUGUUGUCAUUCUCGUCACGCCGAUCGGUUUCGAAAAUAUUGGCUAUCGCUACUGGAUUGUGUAUGCGGCCAUCAACGCUUGCAUCGUUCCCACGGUGUACUUCACAUUUCCAGAAAGUACUUCUCUCACGUUGGAAGAGAUGGAUGAGGUGUUUAGUCGAUCGAAAGGGAUGCUCGACCCACCUAAAGUCGCAGCGGCGUUGAGAAGGGCGAAGAGAACUGGCAGUGUGAGCGACUCGAUUGAGAAGAUGGUGGGCAAGAAUUAG